CCUUCUCUCUCUGUCACUGCCAGGAAGUUCCAACCUAGAAGCGGUAAUACUGAGAAUUUAGUCCAGCGCCAGGAGGUACAAAAAAUGAAGCUGUUGGAAAACUCAAGUUUUGAAGCCCUAAACUCCCAGCUGACGGUGGAAACGGGAGAUGCACACAUCAUUGGCAGGAUUGAGAGCUACUCUUGCAAGAUGGCCGGGGACGACAAGCACCUCUUCAAGCAGUUCUGCCAGGAAGGGCAGCCCCACGUGCUUGAGGCCCUGUCUCCACCUCAAACCACCGGGAUCAGCCCCAGCAGGCUCAGCAAGAGCCAGAGUGGCGAUGAGGAGGGCCCCCUCAGCGACAAAUGCAGCCGCAAGACCCUCUUCUACCUGAUAGCCACCCUCAACGAGUCCUUCCGUCCUGACUACGACUUCAGCGCUGCCAAGAGCCACGAAUUCAGCCGGGAGCCGAGUCUCAACUGGGUGGUGAACGCUGUGAACUGCAGCCUCUUUUCUGCUGUGCGGGAGGAUUUCAGCGCCCUGAAGCCCCACCUGUGGGAUGCUGUCGACCAGGAGAUCUGCCUCUCGGAGUGCGACAUCUACAGCUACAACCCGGACCUGGACUCGGACCCCUUCGGAGAGGAGGGCAGCCUGUGGUCCUUCAACUACUUCUUCUACAACAAGCGAUUGAAGCGGAUUGUCUUUUUCACCUGCCGUUCCAUCAGUGGCUCCACGUACCCUCACCCCGAAGCGGGAAAUGAGCUCAACAUGGAUCUGAGCGAGGACGAUGCGGAGGAGGAGGAGGCAGCCGGCCCCCGCGACGAGGACGGGGCCAGCCUUGAGGAGGAUAGGAGACAAGUGAUCUGCAUGUGACUUCUUGGGCUCUUUUGUGCCCCCUCUGAAGACAGCUCCUCCAGUGUGUUACCCCAGACUAGCCCGGCCUCGUCGUGUUGCUCUGCCUAUUGGCCCUGUGGAUGCUGCCUGACCAGCUGGUGCCUCCAGACUCCCAAGGAUGCUGCCAGCCAGUCCCUUUGCCCACCUGCAGGCUUUGGCACCCCUGCAGCACUGGAAACUUUGUCCGGCCCCCAAGAAGCACUUUUCUGUUGCAAGUGGCAUCAGAGCAAAUGCCCUCCAUUCAUCUGCAGUAGCAGCCACCAUGGUGGAGAGGCUGCCCCUGUCUGGGUUUGGGGCUGUGCCUCUCUAUCCUCAGGACGCUGGACCCUCUCAGACUGAUCCUCCCUGGAGAUUUGUCCGUCAGUUUCAAGUGUCUGUGGCCCCUUUCUGCUGACUUCCAGAUGCUACAACCUGCUAAAGACUGCACAACAUGCAGAAGCUGGCAUUUCCUGAGGAUGGCAUUCCCCCUCCCUUGUUUCUGACCACAAAAGACAUUGGUGCCGAGUAUCCUGGACUGGCAGAAGUCAGGGUUUGGGCACCUUGGUGGUUUGGCUGCUUUGCUUUCCCCCAAGGGCUCAUAGAGUUUUAUUUUUAUAUUCCGGCCCAACCCUUUGUGCUCGUGUCUCCCCCGUCCACCCUCCCUGCACCCUUUCCAAUGCCAGCCUCCUUCCACCUGAUGCCCACCUCUUCCUCCUUUCAGGCUCCACUCCAUAGCCCAACGAACUCAUUUUUGGGCUGGUAGGAGGGAGCGCCUGGUACCUCCUCUGCUCAAGAGCUGAAGGAACAUUGGUGCUGGCAGAGCAGGAGGGGGCUGCUCUCGUGCCCUUGCCAUCAUACUAUGGGGCUGUGAAAGUGCCCCCCUUUCUCUUGCACUGACUUGGAUUCCCUCCGGGGGGGUGGGCAGGGUUUCUUGCCGUCUUUUCUGCAGUCUUGUGAUCUGAUUCCAGAGGGCUAUGGCUGUAGGGGCCUCUAUCCCUUGGCUUCUCAUCUGGGCAAAAUCACUCCAGGCCCACCAUUUGGAGCAACCUGCCAAGAACAACAGGCUUGGUCCCCCGUUUGCCGCCCCCCCCAAAGGUUGGAUUGAGAAGUAGCCUGCCUUUGGUCCCCUUGAGGCUUCCCCGCUGCUGCUUCCCGCUGCUUCCCUUGCCCCUGUGCUAGGCAGCAAGUGAUUUUGGAGCACCCCUUGGCCUCUUUCCCUUUAGAUCCACUGGCUUGUUUGCCACCUCCUGUUUAAUUCUGUUGCCUAGUAAUUUUAUUGUUGCAGUUAUAAACGUUUUUCUCCCUGCGA